GAGCGGAACACCGCGCCAUCGCCAUUUUCUGCAUCGGCGAGGCGAACCGUAGCGUGAUUUAGUGCUCGAGGGCAACGCGUUCGCUAUUGUUAAGCGAUGCCGGUUACAUGGUCGUUUUAUGAAGAUUUGCCAUCUCCGCAUUAAUCGGCCGUUAAAGCAGCGAACAGCGCAUUAUUCCCGCAGAUCGUCGUCCAGCCAUGUCGACGGAGGCAGCAGCCGACCAGGCGGCGGCAGAAUAUAUCCCCGAGAAGGUGAAGAAGGCAGAGAAGAAGUUGGAAGAAAAUCCAUAUGACCUUGACGCUUGGAGCAUUCUGAUUCGAGAAGCACAGAACCAACCCAUAGAUAAAGCGAGGAAGACCUAUGAGCGACUUGUGUCGCAGUUUCCGAGUUCUGGCAGAUUCUGGAAGCUAUUCAUUGAAGCUGAGAUCAAGGCAAAAAACUAUGACAAGGUAGAAAAGUUGUUUCAAAGAUGCCUAAUGAAAGUGUUGCAUAUCGACCUGUGGAAAUGCUACCUCUCAUACGUUCGAGAGACCAAAGGAAAACUUCCCAGCUAUAAAGAGAAGAUGGCCCAGGCGUAUGAUUUUGCCCUUGAUAAGAUUGGGAUGGAGAUUAUGUCUUAUCAGAUUUGGGUUGAUUAUAUCAAUUUCCUAAAAGGAGUUGAGGCUGUGGGCUCAUAUGCUGAGAACCAACGAAUCACUGCUGUCCGACGGGUGUAUCAGAGAGGCUGCGUGAACCCCAUGAUCAACAUCGAACAGCUGUGGAGAGAUUAUAGCAAAUACGAAGAGGGAAUAAAUGUGCACCUGGCUAAAAAGAUGAUUGAGGACCGAAGUCGGGACUACAUGAACGCCAGGAGGGUGGCGAAGGAGUAUGAGACGGUGAUGAAGGGGCUCGACAGAAACGCACCCUCGGUGCCGCCACAGAACUCUCCUCAGGAGGCUCAGCAGGUGGAGAUGUGGAAGAAAUACAUCCAGUGGGAGAAGAGCAACCCGCUGCGGACAGAAGACCAGACUCUCAUCACAAAGAGGGUGAUGUUUGCCUAUGAGCAGUGCCUGCUGGUGCUGGGCCAUCAUCCCGACAUCUGGUACGAGGCAGCACAGUAUUUGGAGCAGUCCAGUAAACUGCUGGCAGAGAAAGGGGACAUGAAUAACUCAAAGCUGUUCAGUGAUGAGGCAGCAAACAUCUACGAACGUGCCAUCGGGACUCUUCUAAAGAAGAACAUGCUUCUCUACUUUGCAUUUGCUGACUAUGAAGAGAGUCGCAUGAAGUACGAGAAAGUCCACAGCAUCUAUAAUAAACUGGUGGCCAUUGAGGACAUUGACCCCACGUUGGUCUACAUCCAGUACAUGAAGUUUGCCAGGAGGGCGGAGGGCAUCAAAUCAGGUCGCACCAUCUUCAAAAAGGCCCGAGAGGAUGCUCGCACGCGUCACCAUGUGUACGUGUCGGCAGCGCUGAUGGAAUAUUACUGCAGCAAAGAUAAAUCUGUGGCCUUUAAGAUUUUUGAGCUUGGUUUGAAGAAAUAUGGAGACAUUCCAGAGUACAUACUUGCAUACAUUGAUUACCUCUCACACCUUAACGAGGAUAACAACACUAGGGUUUUGUUUGAGCGUGUCCUCACCUCAGGAAGCUUAUCAGCUGAAAAAUCAGGUGAGAUCUGGUCUCGGUUCUUGGCCUUUGAGAGCAACAUUGGAGACCUGGCCAGUAUCCUGAAGGUAGAGCGCCGGCGCUUCACCGCCUUUAAAGACGAAUACGAGGGCAAAGAAACAGCUCUGCUUGUAGAUAGAUACAAGUUCAUGGACCUGUAUCCCUGCUCGGGCAGCGAACUCAAGGCUCUUGGAUACAAGGAUGUAUCUCGUGCCAAAUUUGCAGCACUUCUACAGGAGACGGUGGUUGCUCCCUCUGUGCCUACACUCAAGGACGAAGUGGACCGUAAGCCUGAGUACCCCAAGCCAGACACCAAUCAGAUGAUCCCCUUUCAGCCACGUCACCUCGCACCUCCAGGGCUGCACCCUGUCCCUGGCGGAGUCUUCCCAGUCCCCCCAGCUGCUGUUGUCCUAAUGAAGCUGCUCCCUCCGCCUACGUGCUUUACUGGCCCCUUUGUUCAAGUGGAUGAGCUCAUGGAAAAUUUCAGGAGAUGCACACUUCCUGAAACUGUCGAUGCUGCUGUCGAGCUCAUCACUGGCAGGCAGCCCGACGCCGGCGGAGAGGGCAACGGAGCUAUGGAGAACCACACAGUCGCCAAGUCCCUGAAAAGGCCUAACGCCGAUUCGGACGAGGAGGACGACAAGGGGGCCGUGGCCCCGCCCAUUCACGACAUCUACCGCGCACGGCAACAGAAGAGGAUUCGAUAAACUAGAACACAGUGAACCUUGAAGAAUGUAAUCUUAACAGGAGGAUAUACAGAUAAACGCAUACAUCUGCUGAUCUAUGUACAGACGUAUCUCACACAUACAAACACGCAUACAGUAUGCACAUCUGAGUGUUUCUGUGGCUUUUGUUUUGUCAACAGUUUUCCUUUUUUAAAGUUGGCCCUUAUACUGUAUAAAAUUUUUAAUUCAGUGUUGAUCUUGUCACACAGCUCAGUUUUGGCCUUGUUAUGUUCGAGGGACGGCAAAGUGAAAGCAAGCUUCCUUUCUUCCUUUUUUUUUUUUUUUUUUUUUAGAUAACUGGAGGAAACAGUUCCUGUCAAUAAAAGUGGAAAAGAAUUUCAA